GCUGCCACACGUCAGACUUUGGACAGCUGUGUUUCGUGACCGCAGAGGUUGAUUAUAAUCCUCCGUGGAAAAUUUCCCGAGUGGGUGGAGGCUGGAACUGAAGCCCAUUCAGAGGCAGGGGCAGAGGCUAAUGUUUUAGCUAAUUUGCACGGAGUUUCCCCCCAUGUUAUUUAAAAUUGUUAUGCCAAAAAAGUGAUGCUUGGAGUAGACGGAAUGACAGGAAGCAUUGCUAAUGCCCUGGCCAGUGCGGCCUGUGAGCGCUGUAAGAGUGGCUUCGCUCCCACUGAGAAGAUUGUCAACAGUAAUGGAGAGCUGUACCAUGAGCAGUGCUUUGUUUGUGCCCAGUGCUUCCAGCAGUUUCCAGAAGGACUUUUCUAUGAGUUCGAAGGCAGGAAAUACUGUGAGCAUGACUUCCAAAUGCUCUUUGCUCCUUGCUGUCACCAGUGUGGGGAGUUCAUCAUUGGCCGUGUCAUUAAAGCCAUGAACAAUAGCUGGCAUCCUGACUGCUUCUGCUGUGACAUAUGCCAGGCUGUGCUCGCAGACGUGGGCUUUGUCAAAAACGCUGGCAGGCACCUGUGCCGCCCAUGCCAUAACCGUGAGAAGGCCCGUGGGCUGGGCAAGUACAUCUGCCAGAAAUGCCAUGCCAUCAUUGAUGAGCAGCCUCUGAUCUUUAAGAAUGAUCCAUAUCACCCAGAUCACUUCAACUGCAACAACUGUGGGAAGGAGUUGGCAGCUGAUGCCAGGGAACUGAAGGGCGAACUCUUCUGUUUGCCUUGCCAUGACAAGAUGGGUGUGCCAAUCUGCGGUGCCUGUAGAAGACCCAUUGAAGGGCGUGUUGUCAAUGCCAUGGGCAAGCAAUGGCAUGUGGAGCAUUUUGUUUGUGCCAAGUGCGAGAAGCCUUUCCUGGGUCAUCGCCAUUAUGAGAGGAAGGGAUUGGCUUACUGUGAGACUCAUUACAACCAACUUUUUGGCGACGUGUGCUACCACUGUAACCGCGUGAUUGAAGGCGACGUGGUGUCAGCACUCAACAAGGCCUGGUGUGUCGUUUGUUUCUCCUGCUCCACAUGUCACACAAAACUCACCCUCAAAGAUAAAUUUGUUGAAAUUGACCUGAGGCCAGUUUGUAAGCGCUGCUAUGAGCACAUGCCUGAGGAGCUGAAACGUCGCCUGGCCCGACGCGAGCGUGAUGCCAGAGGAUACAAGAAUAAACCCACUGUUUGUCUGUAGAGUUGUUCUUCUUUUCAACUCGCCUCUCUGUUGGAACAAAUUUGUUGAAUUUGACAUGAAGCCUGUUUGUAAAAAAUGUUAUGAAAAGUUUCCUCUGGAGCUGAAGAAAAGGCUUAAGAAGCUGGCUGAAUCUGUUGGACACAAGUAAACAU